AUGUCAAGGACAGCAGCAGCCGCAGCACUUCUCGCCGCCAGCGGAUUCUUCGCCCAGCUGCCUGUCAGCGAUGGUCACGUCUACAUGAUGAACCCGGUCUCGCGCCAGCUGUGGGGCACAGAAGCCUUCCAAGAACCGGGAUCGCCGGACAUAAAUUACUGCCCACACUGUUUCCAGAGCCGUGGGCCGGCCGCGAUCCGCGCGCGUGGUGGCGACCAGCCGUGGCCCCACUUCAACGGGGAACGUGCUAAAAACGGGAACUACAUCGAGAGUGACGAGGUGGCUCAGAGGCACGGGGUCUGCGGCGACCCCGAGCAGACCGCGGCCGAAGGCUCCAACAAGUACGGGCAGGAGAACAGCAAUUACCCCGUGCUGGAGACGUACGCCGAAGGAGGCAUCCUCGAGGUCAAGAUCGUCGUGUCGACCUACCACUGGGGCCAUGUCGAGAUGUUCCUCUGCGACGCCGACGACCUCCCGGACGGCCCCGACAGCGUCGUCACGCAGUCCUGCUUCAACGAGUACCCCCUGGACCGCGCGGAAGACGACGAGUUCAACGGCCCCAUCGACCCCCUCAACAGGGGGCGCUUCAUCCUCGACCCCCCCUGCCGCGCCAGCGAAACCGACCAGGAACUCCUGCCAGGCGCCUUCGCCGGCGACGUGGCCACCGCCCGGUUCCAGCUACCCCAGGGGGUGACUUGCGAGCGUUGCGUUGUCCAGAUGGCCUACUACACCGGCAACUCGUGCAAGCACCAAGGUUACGCCGAGUUCAACCCUCCCUCGUGGCCAAGCUCGUGCGCCCCGUCCAAGGCCGACUGGAUCAACGAGGCCGUCGGGCAGUGCGGCGACGGCGACGCUUACCCGGAGGAGUUCUGGAACUGCGCCGAUGUCUCGAUCACGUCCGACGGGGGCCCCGGGCCCGCGCCCGCCCCCACCCCGGAGACCCCCCAAAAACCCGAGGCCCCCGUGGACGAAGCCACAGAGCCUUCCCCGGCGCCUACGGCCGUCGUCGAAGAGUACGAGCCCACGUACGCCCCGACUCCGGAAGAGGAGCACGAAGAGCCGAUGACGCCGUCGCCCACGACAGCGGAACAAGAGGAGGAGGAGUACGAGGCGCGGACGCCGGCGCCCGCGACGGUCGAUGAUGACGACGAGGAAGAGGACACCGACGAGCCCACGCCCGCGCCCACCGCCGAGCUCGAGCCGGCCACGCCCAUGGACUCUCCGACCGAGCCGAUCGUGGCGACCUUCGCGCCGUCGGUGCCCCCCCCUGUCUCGACCGACCCCGACUGCGAGGACCCCGUCGGUGCGUUCGCCCAGUGCGGGGGGGCGGGGUACGACGGGUCCACCUGCUGCAGGGCCGGCUACGAGUGCGAGAAGAUGGCCGACUGCUACUCUGAGUGCCGCCCCCGCGGCGACCGCUGCUCCGAGGGCUGGGGGCAGUGCGGAGGGCUGCACCGGGAAGGCCCCGAGUGCUGCUGGCCCGGCGCCGAGUGCGUCGAGCGCAACGAGCAGUUCCACCAGAAAGAGAGCUGA